AUGUUUUCGCCUAGCUGUACACCAGUAUAUCAUACAUUGAGGACGACCAGCAGAACACAACAUCCGCCGCAAAGGUCACAUGUCAGAGGUUUCGCGGAUGUAUCGAGUGCAAGUCGUCCACUCGAGCCGGACGGAAGGGAAAGAGUGGUCAUCUUAGGCAGCGGAUGGGGUGGUUACGUUCUUGCCCGGAAGCUCGAUCCCAAGAAGUACAGAGCCAUCGUCAUUAGUCCAAGAUCGUACUUUGUAUUCACGCCACUACUCAACGACAGCGCCGUCGGCACGCUCGAGUUCCGCAACGUGCUCGAAUCCAUCCGCAAACGCAACACGUCCAUCUCCUUCCUACAAGGCUGGGCGGACGACGUCAACUUCGCCGACAAGACCAUCACCGUUGAACCCAACGUCCUCGACCAGAACGUCGGCAAGGCUCUCGUUGGCGGCGGCCCACCCGACAAGCGUGUCCAUGUGCCCGCCGAUACCUUUCAGCUCGGCGGCGCGGCACAGCCGGGCGGGACAGGCGAGACGAAAGUCCCGACCUUCCCUACCUUCAACACGCCCGGCGUGCGCGAGAACGCGCUCUUCCUCAAGGACGUCAACGAUGCCCGCCGCAUCCGACGGCGCAUUCUCGACCUGUUCGAACUCGCUCGCCUACCAUUCAUUCCCGAAGAUACGAAACGACAUCUGCUACACUUCGCAAUCGUUGGCGGUGGGCCAACAGGGAUGGAAUUCGCCGCCUCCCUCUCCGACUUAAUCGAGCAGGACCUCUCGCGGAUCUUUCCCACCGAAAUGCGAUACGUGCGCAUUUCCCUCUAUGAUGUCGCGCCAAAAGUCCUCCCCAUGUUCGACGCCACUCUUGCGGACUACGCCGUCCGUCAGUACCAGCGGCGGAAUAUUGAGAUCAAGACCUCCCACCAAGUCCUAUCCCUUCGCAAAGGCAUGCCCAAUGAUGCCGAAGCCCGUGACCACCAAGACCUACAAGCCAAGCACCGCGUGUACACCAUCGAAACAGCCCAGGAGGGCGAUGUAGGUAUUGGAAUGUGUGUCUGGAGUACUGGGAACAUGGCCAACCCGUUCGUCGCGAAGACGCUAGACAGCGUGCGGCGCUAUCCCACCAACUCGGCGUCGAUCCUCGAAGGCAGCGACGUUCCCUCACCGCGCGCUAGGCAGUGGAUGGUUCAACGCGACCACAAGACGGGAUUGAUCUUAGUAGACGACCACUUCCGCGUACAGCUUGAGACGCAAACCCGAAGUUCGGCUAGCGAGAACACGAGCACGAGCAACCACAAUGGUGAAGAAGCUUACGGCGAGUCUCUCGACCGCAACACCACCAAAGCCCGCGCCACCAUGACCGACGUCUUCGCCAUCGGCGACACAACGAUCAUGAAGACAGGCCGGCUGCCAGGCACGGCGCAGGUCGCGAACCAGCAGGCUUUGUGGCUGGGUAAUGCCUUGAACAAGUCGUAUCGUGGUCAGCCCUCGUCAUCGGAUAAGGCGUUUGAGGCGGCCAAGGGCUUUGGCUUUCGCGAUUUGGGUGUGAUGACAUAUCUGGGUGGAAGCCGGGCGGUUUUGCAAGGCGGCGGGCAGGAGGUGAAUAAGGGCAGUGGCGCGAGGGGCUUGAAAGGGUGGAUCGCGUAUCUUGUGUGGAGAGGGGCUUACCUGACCAUGACGUUGAGUUGGAGGAAUAAGUUUCUGGUGCCGGUGCAGUGGGUUGCGGUGAAGUUGUUUGGGAGGGAUGUCUCGAGGUUUUAG